GCUAGCUAGGCUGCUAGCCUCCUCGAGCUCGCUAAAAGCAACCCUCACCUCUCUCUCUCUCUCUCCCUCUCUCUCUCUCCCCCCACACACACAAAAGCAGGUAACGGGCACAGGAGCACAGCACUUGGUAGAGAGAGAGAAGCAGAGCCAAGAAACACAGCAGGAGCAGGAGGAGCUGGUUCAAGAAGGAGGCCAGCAGCCAAGAAGAGGAAGAGGAGGAACAGGAUGCUGCGCGGGCGCGGCGGUACGAGCGUGCUGGGGAUCGUGAACUUCAUCACGUUCCUGAUCUCGAUCCCGAUCCUGGGCGGCGGCAUCUGGCUGGCCUCCCGGGCCAACUCCACCGACUGCAUCCGCUUCCUGCAGUGGCCCAUCAUCGUCAUCGGCCUUGUCCUCAUGGUCAUCUCCCUCAUGGGCUUCGCCGGCGCCUGCUACCGCCAGACCUGGCUCCUCCGCCUCUACCUCUUCGCCAUGUUCUUCGUCGUCCUCGCGCUCCUCUUCUUCAUCGUCUUCGCCUUCGCCGUCACCGACCGCGGCGACGGCCAGGUCGUCAUGAACCGCCGCUUCCUCGAGUACCAGCUCUCCGACUACAGCGGCUGGCUCAGGGACCGCGUCGCCGACCCGCAGUACUGGGCUAUGAUCAGCGCCUGCCUCCGCGACGGCCACGCCUGCACCGGCAUGAGGCGCUUAGCGCGCGACCCCAACACCGGCAUGCUCGUCCCCGAGACGCCUGGCAUGUUCUACGCCCGCGACCUCUCCCCCGUUCAGUCUGGAUGCUGCAAGCCACCAUCGUCAUGUGCUUUCACAUAUGUGAGUGAGACCGUGUGGACACAAAACCCCAGUGCCACGGCUUUUGUAACCGCCGACUGCACCAGGUGGAGCAACGACCAGCAGACGCUUUGCUUCCAGUGCGACUCGUGCAAGGCAGGCGUCCUCGCCGGCAUCAAGAAGAGCUGGCGCAAGGUUGCCAUCCUGAACAUUGUCGUGCUGGUCAUCCUCGUGAUCGUCUACGUCGCGGGCUGCGCCGCGUUCCGCAACGCCAAGAGGAUCGAGAACGAUGAGCCGAUCGGCAUGGCACGGAUGACCAAGUCCCAACCAAGCAGGUUCCAGUUCUAGGCUGCGGAUUCAGAAGCCUUCGCCUGUAAAAAGACCACAUUGGGUGGUGCUGUUAAAACCAUGUUUGGCAGAGCUAGAGCUCUGAGAUCCAUAUAGAAUUUGGAGUUUGUAGGGUAAAAUAAAGUAGUUUAAAUAUCUAUUUUCAAUCUAAAAAGAACAAGAUGCUUAAAUCAAAUCAAAGAACUUAAAUCUGCCACAGCUCCAUCUCUGAAAUUUUGGAGCUGAAGAGCCGCCAAACAGGCUCUAAGCUUGGCCUUUGUUAUAUUUUACUGAAAUGUGGGAUCAGCUACAUUUGGGUGGUGAAAAGGGAAGGAGUUCUCGGAUCAAAAGUUCAGUGUGGUUUGGUUUUGUGCUUGCUGUAGUCUUUAGGGUAGGUGUAUCAUGUAUUGGGUACAAGAUGAGGUCUGCAAGAAACAAGAGAAGUUCCCCUCAUUUAGGAGUGAAUUAUUCUGUACUGGAGAUUCUGAUUUGGCACUUUUCCUGGAGGAAAAUAUUAUCUUGUUACAUGUUGGAAGAUA